UGCAAUGCCUGCACCUGGUAGAUCAUAAGAUAACACGAAGACGGGAAGCAUCACAGAGGGCUGAAGGGAGCACCAUCCCCCGACACCACCACCCCCACCACCACCACCACCACUCAAUCAACCACAAAAAAUCCGGUGCGUGGUCAUCCGGCAACCGGGAGCAGCAGGAGUCCGUCGUCGUCCGCUGCGUGCUGUGGCCAGGUGCUAUCUGUGUCUGUGUGUGCGAGUCCGUGUGUGUGUGUGCGAGUGUGUGUGUGCGGUGGCUGCACGUGCUGCAGCCGGCUGCACUUGGACGCACGAGCCACGUGUGUGCGCCAGUGUGAUGCAUCCGGAACCGGCGGCUCGUAGCAGCAGCAGCAGCAGCGGCAGCAGCAGCAGCAAGCGGAACGACGAUUUGUGCCACCAACAGCAACCCCUAGCAGCAGCAGCAGCAGCAGCAGGAGGAGCAGUCGAGUCAGGAGUCGCUGGUGUAGGUGCAGGUUGCAGGACGGUGCAGGAGGAGGUGCAGGUGUGAGUGCAACCGAAGAAAAAGAAGAAGAAGAAGCGGAAGAAGCGGAAGAGCGGCAAGGAGCCAGGAGGGAGCAAGGAAGGGCCGGAGAUGACACCGGCCACGAUACAGGCCACCGUCGGGUGUGGCGGUCGCGGCGGAUCGGUGCUGCUGAGCACGGGCCGGAACGGGGCGGCGGCGGCGAUCGCGGUGCUGCUGCUGCUGCUUCAGAUACCAGCAUUAACGGCGGUCAGCUGGGAGGAAUGGUGGACGUACGACGGUAUAUCCGGUCCCGCCUUCUGGGGUCUGAUCAACCCGGAGUGGUCACUGUGCAACAAGGGACGGCGCCAGUCGCCGGUCAACCUGGAACCGCAGCGCCUCCUGUUCGAUCCGAACCUCCGCACGCUGCACAUCGACAAACACCGGAUCAGCGGCACCAUCGCCAACACCGGCCACAGCGUCAUCUUUACCGCGGACAACGAGACGAUCUCGGCGUACGGGAGUGGGCCGCAGGUGCCGGUUAACCUGACCGGGGGCCCCCUUUCCUACCGCUACCGGUUUCACGAGAUCCACAUCCACUACGGGCUGCACGAUCAGUUCGGCUCCGAGCACAGCGUCGAAAGCUACACCUUUCCGGCCGAGAUCCAGAUCUUCGGCUACAACUCGCAGCUGUACGCGAACUUCAGCGACGCGCUGUACCGGGCGCAGGGGAUCGUCGGUGUGGCGGUGCUGCUGCAGCUCGGCGACCUCUCGAACCCGGAGCUCCGCAUGCUUACGGACCAGCUCGAGCGGAUCCGGUACGGUGGCGAUGAGGCACCGGUCCGGCGGAUCUCGGUGCGCGAUCUGCUGCCGGACACCGAGCACUACAUGACGUACGAGGGUUCCACGACGGCCCCGGCCUGCCACGAAACCGUCACCUGGAUCGUCAUGAACAAACCGAUCUACAUUACCAAGCAGCAGCUACACGCGCUCCGCCGGCUGAUGCAGGGUGGACCGGACCAUCCGAAGGCACCACUAGGGAAUAACUUCCGGCCACCGCAACCGCUGCUGCACCGUCCCGUGCGGACCAACAUUGACUUUCGCAACAAACAGGAAAAGGGGGGAAAAAUAUGUCCAACUAUGUACAAGGACGUUCACUAUAAAGCUAAUAGCUGGAAACACAACUGAGCGUAGGCGGCAGAGUGGAGCGUCGUUGCUGGGGCUAGAAGAGGAGAAGGACGAGCCAACGACGGACGAGGACAGCCUGGUGGUAUUUGGUGGUUGAGGGCCCACUCCACAGGAGGAGGACUCCAGGAGGAACAACUAGGGGAGGGUUGAGGAGAGGGGAAGGGCGAGAAGGAUGGAGGGUGGAGCAGACAGAGGCAUGGGUAGCAUCGGUGGUAGCAGCAUCGCAGCGGCGUCCUGGUGUGUGUGUGUGUGUGUGUGUGUGUGUGUGUGUGUGUGUGUGUGUGUGUGUGUGUGGAUGAUGAGGUAGAAGGUGUUCCUGGUCCCCUCGCCCCUCAACUCCUUUCCCCUUCAAUAUUCCUCGUUUCUCGUUCUUGGCAGCGUCUCUCCCCCCCAAAAGUUAGGUCCUUCAGUGCGAUGGUCAGCAAACAGUAGCAGCAGCAGCAGCUGGGACAGUGUGACUGGAACACCACAAACCAAG